AUGACGGUCGCCAUCCCAGAUACUACUGUCACGGUGGGUGUUCUUGCGCUCCAGGGCGCAUUCAGCGAACACACCCAACUACUACGACAGGCAACCGCGAGCCUACCCCAAGACCUAGAGUGGCGCUUCAUCGAGGUCAGAACACCGCACGAGCUCUCCCAAUGCGACGGCCUAAUCCUGCCCGGCGGCGAAAGCACAACCAUGUCCCUCGUCGCUGCGCGCUCCAACCUCCUCGAGCCCCUCCGCGAUUUCGUAAAAGUAUCGCGACGGCCAGUCUGGGGGACUUGCGCCGGCCUCAUCCUUCUAGCUGAAUCCGCGAAUCGCACCAAGAAGGGUGGCCAGGAACUCAUUGGAGGGCUGGAUGUGCGUGUCAACAGAAAUCACUUUGGUCGCCAGACAGAAAGUUUCCAAGCCAACCUCGACCUCCCGUUCCUCUCCUCCACGAGCGACACAAGCAAGGCACAACCGUACAGAUGCGUCUUUAUAAGGGCGCCAGUUGUCGAGAAGAUUCUUCCGCAUAAGAAGGGUGUUCAGAGCGAGGAGGAGCGGUUAGAUGACACGGUCGUUGCGCCUAGCAAACUGCCAGCAGACGACCUCGCGAGGGAGCAGGUACGGUCAGAAGUGGAAGUAUUGGCCACUCUGUCAAAAGAGAACCUGGAACAUGGCCACACUGGUGCAGAAGACAUCAUUGCGGUGCGGCAAGGGAAUGUGUUUGGGUGUAGUUUCCACCCUGAACUGACUGAGGACCCGCGGAUACAUGUCUGGUGGUUGGGAGAGGUGCUGACAGCGGUGGAACGGAGACAGCGGUUUGAACUUGCUGAUCGAACGAAAGCAUGA